AUGACUAAAAGUAAAGAUAAUCUAUCAAACUCCCCCUUCCAGAGCACAGCCAACUUCACCAAGGUGACAAAGUUCUUCCUCAUGGGCUUUUCUAACAUCUGGGAGUUACAGGUCUUACAUGCCAUGUUCUUCUUGCUAAUUUACGUAAUGGCUCUGAUAGGGAACUUGCUCAUCUUCACACUCAUCACUCUAGAUGGCCAUUUCAACACCCCCAUGUACUUCUUCCUGAAAAAUCUAUCCUUUUUAGAUGUUUGCCUUAUUUCUGUCACUGUGCUAAAAUCUAUUGAAAAUUCCCUAAGCAGAAGUUGUUCCAUCUCUUUCUUUGGGUGUGUGUUACAGGUCCUUUUAGUAAUUUUAUUGGCAGGAUCAGAGAUUUUUCUCCUCACAGUGAUGUCCUAUGACUGCUAUGUGGCCAUCUGCCAACCUUUGCACUAUGAUGAACAAAAGAUUUUGAAUGAGAAUGGCAACUUCUUCUUGGCUCACUGGAGGAUUUUUUUUAGACCCAUGUCUUCAGUUAGUACAUUCUCUUUACCCUUCUGCAGCCCCAAGGAGAUCCAUCAGUUUUUCUGUGAUGUGCCUUCCUUACUCAGGAUCUCCUGUGCUGAGACACACAAUGCAGAUGAUGUGAAUAUGGCCAUUUGGAUAAACUUAGGGGUUUUCUGUUGUAUCUCCACAGCUAUCUCUUAUGGUCACAUCUUCUCAACUGUGCUGAACAUUCCCACUACAGAAGGUCACUCAAAAGCUUUCUCUACUUGUCUACCCCACCUCAUUGUUCUCAUGGUUUUCAUCAUGACUGUGGCCAUAUCUUAUAUAAAUCCAACCUUAGCCUCUGAAUCAGUUCUGACUUUAUUGUUAUCAAUGUUCUAUUCAGUGGUGCCACCAACCCUGAAUCCUAUCAUCUAUAGCCUGAGGGAAUAG